AGGGGCCAGUGGGGGAGGAAGACGGCGCCGUGACAGGACCGCCGAGGGUGCCGCUGAGGCGACCAUGGCAGAGGGGCCAGAGGAAGCCCGAGGCCGCCCUCCCGGGCAGGACGACGGCGGAGGGGACCGCGAGCCCGUCCCUUCCCUGAAAGGCCCUCCUGCCGCCGCCGCCUCACGGCCCCGGGAGGAUCCGCAGGCCGAACCCCAGGCCCCGGGCCGGCCCCCAAGCCUGGGCCUCGCGCCCGCUGCGGCCGCCACCGAGGAGUCGGAGCCGCCGCGCGAGCCCGGGAAGCGCGAGGAGGCGGCCUCCGGCUCGGGUGCGGGGCCGCAGGAGCCGGCGGGGUGCGAGGCGCCAGAGGCCGCGGCGCCACGGGAGAGGCCGGCGCGGCUGAGCGCCCGAGAGUACUCCCGGCAGGUACACGAGUGGCUGUGGCAGUCCUACUGCGGCUACCUGACCUGGCACAGCGGCCUGGCCGCCUUCCCCGCCUACUGCAGCCCCCAGCCGCCCACGCCGACCUACCUCUCGGGCGCCGGUGCCGCCCCCCAGGCCGCGCCGCCCCCCCAGCUGGCCUAUUACAGCCCCUUCUACUUCCUGAGCGCCGCGGCUGCCGGGCCUGAGCCGGGGGCGGCUCCCGGCGUCACCACCCCCGCCCCCGUCGCCGGCCUGGGACCCCGGGCUCCUCACGUGCAGGGAUCCGUCCGGGCAGCCCCAGUGACGAGGGUAGGAUCCGCCGGCCCUUCGCGAACCCCGAGCGAGACCGGGCGGCAGGCAGGCAGAGAGUAUGUUAUUCCAUCCUUGGCCCACAGAUUUAUGGCAGAGAUGGUGGAUUUCUUUAUUCUCUUCUUUAUAAAAGCAACCAUUGUCUUAAGCAUAAUGCACCUCAGUGGAAUAAAGGAUAUCUCUAAGUUUGCUAUGCAUUAUAUAAUAGAAGAAAUAGAUGAAGACACAUCAAUAGAAGACUUGCAGAAAAUGAUGGUUGUGGCUCUUAUAUACAGAUUAUUAGUGUGUUUCUAUGAGAUAAUUUGCAUUUGGGGAGCAGGUGGAGCUACCCCAGGGAAGUUCCUGCUAGGGCUUCGAGUUGUGACAUGUGAUACAUCAGUGCUUAUUGCACCAAGUCGGGUUUUAGUGAUUCCUUCCUCAAAUGUUAGCAUUACAACGUCCACUAUACGAGCUUUGAUCAAGAAUUUUUCUAUUGCUUCUUUUUUCCCUGCUUUCAUCACACUGCUGUUUUUUCAGCAUAAUCGAACAGCCUAUGACAUUGUAGCAGGAACCAUUGUGGUAAAAAGAAAUGGGGUCAGAUGAUGCCCAGAAAAGCCUGAAUUCCAUACUCGGGAAUAAUGACAAGACUAAAUUAUGUAUCAAGGCCAUCAGUAUCCUUGGGUUACAUUAAUUGAUGAUUUAGAAAUGAAAGGAGUCGCUCCAGUGUGAUGCAGGUGACUAUUCUGAAAGUAUUGAUUUUACUUGAAUGCCAAAGAACUUUUUCAGAAGAAAAAUCUGUUAAAUUCAAGUGUUAAAAUUUUUAGAUCAAAAAGAAAGUAAGUGGUUUCAUAAUCAAAUCACCGUACACUUUGUAAGAUCUAAGGCAUUAGAAUUUGCUGAAAGCGUUUUCAGCUUUGAAAUCUCCAAAUGAAACUUUAAAAAUUUAUUUUGGUUUAUCCCAAAAUAAUGGAAAAUGUCCAGUUGUGUUUUGUAAACACAUUAUUGAUCUUUUAGUUAACACUUCUUGGGGAAAUUGUCUUUGCUUUUUGUGGGGAGGGAGUGGGGACACAAAUUUAAUAAUCCAUGUAUCUCCCAUCCCAGGAGGUGGUGAGUUAGCUGCAAGAGAAAGGGGAAAGUGAGGCAGUUCUCUUACCUGAAGUUGUAAAAUCUAUACUGCAGUUUACUGUGGGAAUGAUGUAACUUUACAACUAUUCUUAAUACUUAAACAUGUACUUUGGGGCAAGUUUUGCAUGAUGAUGAAAAAGUAUUAAGUCAUAUUGCUAUAUUAUCAUUGAUUUCUUAGAGAAAAGGUAAGUUAGUGAUUGCUUUUAAUGGGGGGAAGAAGUAAAUUUUUACUGUAAAUUUAACUUAAAAUUCAUGUGCAAGUGUUUCCAGUGCCCAAAAGCAAACUAUAAAUAUGUGGGGAAAAAUUAACUUCCAUCAAACUGUUGCAUAUUUACUGUAAAACAAUAUUCCCAGUAUGUGUGCAGCAUGAAGAAAGUAUUAGUGCUUUUCAGUAUUCUGAAUAUAACUUCUCUUUAUUCACAUACUAGUUUCCUUUUAUAUUUUAUAUAGUUCCAUAACUUUGGAAACAUCAAGGAGUUAAAUAAUUUUAGUAUUUCAUGAUUAAAUACUAGUAGCCUAUGAAAUAUUAGCAAUUUUCCCAUUAUGGACUGUUUUCUGUAUAACAAGGAAGAGUAGCAUUUCCAGACAUUAUUCUAAGUUCUUUGGUUCUGUGCGCCAAAAGCUCAUUUUGGGCCUGCCAAGGAUAAUGUUUUGAGGGAAGUUUUAAGCAAAGUAACACUGUGUAUUGCCAUUUUAAUUUAUUCUUCUAUUGAAGCAAAAGUUGUGGAGUUUUAAGUAUGUGUGUGUGCUUUUGUUAGGUGGCCCAGUGAGCUGUGUUGAGAUAUACUGAACUAAAAGUUUUGUUUCUUUUGAAACAAAGAAACAAUAUCUCUGAUGUCGUUUUCCCAAAAAACACUAAACUCUUUUGGACAGUUGAUAAUUAGAUUGCUUAAAGGAUCAAUCUAGGCUUUAUUUUUUGGUAUUAAGAGCAAAUGCAAGACACGUCCAUUAUCAUUGUAUCAGUUGUUAAAGUGGGUUUUUCUUUGAUAUUAACCACUGUGAAAAUAUUCACAUUUGAUGUUUAUAAAAACCUUAACAGUGUCCUUAUUAAUACCCUUUUAUUGUAAAAUUUCAUACACCAUGUUUUUCAAAAUAACUUUAUAUUAAAUCCAACAUCACAGAAAGCCUUUUAGUUAAGUGUAUCAAAAUACUAAACAGAUCAUUCACUUGUAGCCUCUGGGAAGAUAUUUAAAGUAUUAUGGCCCUUCAUAGUAAAAAACCAAACCAAACCAAACACUAAUUUUUUUUUUUAAAUAAAUGUUACAUAAACUUACCACUUAGUACCAUGCACAUUAGUAUUGGUGUAUACACUACUUUUGCCAGUGAUUGGGAAUUCAGGUUGAAAUGUCCUUCAGUCAUGUAGCUCUGGAAUACAUCUUUAAUGUGUAAUUUCUUUUCAGAUAAUUGGAUGGUUUGCCAUCUAGGCUAUUUUUAUUAAUAGAGUAAAACAAAAACAAGUAGUCCAGUUGAAUUUGUUAUACUUAAAAUAUCGUACAUUUAUUUGCUAUACACGAGUCAUUUGGAUUAAUAUCUGUGUAGGUUCAUUUAGAUUCAUCUCAGGAUUCAAGUUAUACUGUAUAGCCCUAUCAAAUAAAUAGAAAUAUUACUUUGUCUGCCUUUACCACAAAAUCCAAGUCUGUUUCUAUUUAUGAUUUCAGCACAGAAAGAGAUUUUGGUUCCAAAUUGUUGGAAAAAAUGACAAUGGGGAAGAAGGGGGGAGCCACAUUUUUUUCUCUUGGGGUUGAGGGGGAUGGAGCCUCCUUUUUAAUACUUUUCUAUUUAGUUUAAUAGAAAACUAUUAAGUUUUCUAUUGUCAAAGUCAAAGUAUAAUUCUCAUGCAGAAGCUCUAACCUAAAAAGGCAAAAAGAAAGUUGUCUUCCUAGUACAAACAUUAUUCGUCACUUUUACAAGAUAAGUAAUAAGGGAACAAAAAUUAGGAGUCAAGCUGAGUGAGAAUACUGUUUCAAUGAACAUGCCCUAAAUAAAACCACAGAACAGGCAGUUAACUUAGGCAUCUAAAAAAUCUCAGUACCCAUUACUAAAAGUAGCCUGAGUGGCUAGUUCACCUUGAGAAAUCUUGACAUACUGACUGAUGUGCAUGCUGGGCCUAGGUAGCUAAGUGUGAGUGACGGCAAGCCUUGCUUUUAGACUAACGUGUGACUACAGAAAUAAAGCUAACGGUUUUUUGGAUAGUAAGCCUUUACUUUAAAAUAAUGCCCACCUGUUACUUGUACAGCACUGGUUCAAAAGUUACUUCUUUCUACCUGAACAUUUACCUUCCAGUUUCACCCAGAUUAUUUUGGAUUGAAAAAAAAAAAAUGCAUUAUAUUUGAGGGCCACUUUGUCUAAAUUAUAAAAAUGAGUCUUAGUGUUUUUUGUUUCAAAUGCUAGUAAAAAUUGUUUUCACUCUACUUUAAAAGAAAGAUUUGUUCCAUUAAGCAUCUUGUUUGGGUGCUUCACUUAUACAUAAGUAUUUUCAGCAAAAGAAAGGUAGAAGGGAGUUGAAAAUUAAUUUAAACCACUUGCUACUUGGGAAUAAAGGGCUUUUUGAGGGGCAUGGAUGUAUUAAAUAUUUUCAUUCCUACACUUAUCCCUAUUAAAACAGGCUUUUGUUUAUUUUAAAGAAUAUGCCUAGGGGCCGGCCCAGUGGCGCAAGCGGUUAAGUGCGCACGCUCCUCUGUGGCGGCAGCCCAGGGUUUGCUGGUUCGGAUCCCGGGCGUGCACCGAUGCACCCCUUGGCAAGCCAUGCUGUGGCAGCGUCCCAUAUAAAGUGGAGGAAGAUGGGCGUGGAUGUUAGCCCAGGGCCAGUCUUCCUCAGCAAAGAGGAUUGGCAGAUGUUAGCUCAGGGCCAAUCUUCCUCAAAAAAAAAAAAAAAAAGGAUAAAGAAUAUGCCUAAAUAACAGCAGUAUUCCUAAAAUCUGAGAAGUGUCAUUUCAAUUACUCACCAUUCCCCAUCCCCCAUACCAAAGGCCAAAAUACAAUAUGUGCUUGCCUGGGUAAAGUUCUUAUUUCAAAAUGUGUGUCUCAGUAGGGCUUACCCACAAACAGUAUCUGAUGGCCUACAGAUAAAUUCAGCAUUCUAUUUUUAAUAAUUUCUAUGCCACCAAUUUGUAUUCUUUGUCUCAAUAAAUACCUGGUCACCAA